GUGGGCCUCCGCGCCCGCACCCCUGCCCUGGUCGCACGCGGGACUGGUUCUUCAGCUUAGUCCCCCAUCUCUUUCCCCUCGUCCCCUUCCUCCACAGGCUCGUGACCGAGGCUGUACACUCACGCCCUGGCUCCCUCCACUUUGCCGGCUAACUUUCUUUCUCCAGAUUCCAGAUGGCCUGCUUUGCGGGCCUCAUCGGCCCGUGGGAGGCCCCGGGAUUUCCACCUAAUGCCUGCUGCGUGUUUUUAUUAUUCCUUGUAGCAGAGGUUAAGGGGAAGAGCAUUCUCCUUUCUUUAUAUCUGCAUUUAAUCACAAUGGGGCUGCUGUAUCCUCAAUUUCCCGCAAUCGGAAAACCGCUGAGGUUUUAGAGCUCAGCAGCCCUCUGGUGCGCUCUCAGUCAUACCCCUCGAGGUGCAUUGCGUACGGGAGGCUUGUGGACCUGAAAAGUUGGUGUUAGAAACCAGCAUCUCCGAUCCGUGCAAAAGAGAAAGAAAAGUUACUACGCGCCCUGCCGUUUGCUUAGCAAGGGUUCGCAUUUUCGCGGUUUUGAAUCCUGGGGACCGUGGAGUUUGGCCGGAGAAUCUUGGCAGUUUGCUGCGAGAGGAGGGCACUGGGGGGAGCCUGGCGGCUGGUGUUUGGGCGCGUUGGACGCGCUGUCAAGCCUCUCAGGAGGGGGGACAGCUGCGGCCAGUAGGAUUUCUGUGUGUUGCGGUCCUUUUCCAGGCCACCAGGGUUACAUAAAUGGCAUUUGUGUAAUUGAUACAAGAUACUGAUUGUGUGUUAAGCUAUUUUAGCUGUUAAAAAUAUUCCUUGAAAGAACCAACCUUACUUUGGUGGAAAUCUGUGUCCUCUUCAGGGGUCUGGAAUCUUAUCCCCUUCUCACCCAUUGGUUCUUUUGUUGCUGCCCUUUGCAAAGGAAAGAAAUGACACGUUCGUCCUGGCGUAUGGAGCCAAUGUUUUUCUAGUACAGUGUGUUUUCAAAAGCAAAACUUAUGCCCCCUUAAAUGUAAAUUCAUUGUCAGUGACCAGCACUUCGAAUGGAACUUGAAUCUUGUUGAAGGAUUUUUACACCUGAUAUUAGAGCCCAAAUUAAUCCUAUUAGUCACUGCUUGGAUGGUGGAGUGAAGUGCAAUAAUUAACUUCAGGGACUCGCUGGAGUUUCUGGUUCACUUUCUGCCAGCCUUUGUUAUAGACAAGUAAUUCUCAUUUAAGGACUUGAUGCCACACAUCCGAAGAAAGUUCUCCAGAAAUCUUGAACCCUUCCAAAUCUUGUCUCCUUGUACUUACCACAGUUUGCCUGAAUAUUCUGGUGAAGAUGCUAACUGUAUUGCAAAAUUGGGGGGGGGGGUGGUAAGUGGUUUUUUUCAGUUCUUGGUUCUAAAGAGAAGGUUGUGUAUGUGUGAGAAGAGGGAGUAGGGAGAGAGGUGUGUUUGAGAGGCAUCGGUUAGGCAACAUAUAGACCUAAGUAGGUUCUAGGAGGAAGCUUAAGGACAGUACCUUUGCCUAAAAAGUAGUGAUUAUAGAGACUUAAUGCAUUCUUUCAUACGGUUGGUUUAUGGCUCUCUCAAAAGAUGCCUAGCACUGGACUAGGCACCAAAAGGUUAGAAAAUACAGUAGGGAAGAAACCUUGCCUUUUGGGCUUGCAAUUUAAUGUAAAAUGACCUAGGACGAAAAUCAGCCUAAAAGAUUGUCUUAACAAGGACAAAGAAAAUGAAAAGUCCAAAUUUAAAAAAUGUAUAUUAUUUUAUUUGAUCAUUACACCGGUUUUAUGAGGUAGGUUAUCUCAGUUUUAUAGAUGAGAAAAGUUUCUGUAUUCAGAAUAUGCCAUGGAUAGGAUUUGAACCCAGAUCUGCCUGACUGGGCUAUAUAAAAGGUUAAUGACUCAUCUACUUCAAGUGGAGUGCAGACUAAAUCAUCUCUAAAGCUCCUUUUCUGAUUAUAGCUUUCUAGGAGUCUAUGAAUAUUAGUUGAGAAUGCAAGGAAGAGGCGAGCUGGGGAUCAGAUGUGCAAUGCUAAAGAAACAUAAGACCCUUCAGGCAGUUUUCUGAGUCUUCGGGAAAUGAGACAAGAAUAUGUGAAAAAGUGAGCCCACAACAUAAAGUGGUUUCAGAUUGUGUGCCCAAGCUGAUUGUUAUUUAUUUUUUUAAAUAGACGUUUUGAGGAACAAGCUCAGUGUAGUCUGAAACCGUGGGAAUACUUUAGCGACAUAGCAGGAUCCCUAAGUUGUGUUUUCAGCCGGGGGAAGAAUAUGCUUUACAGCUGGGGGGAGGUGGGGUUUUUCUUGCUUGGCUGAGCAUUAGUGUUUUCUUUAUACAUGGCUAUGGCCCAGGAAGACAGCGUGCAGGGUGCUACCAGAAUUUAAGAGGUCCCUGAGGAUGACCAGAAUAUUAUAAGUUAAAGUGAGGUCGGUCUUAAUAUUUUAGCUGUCGGUUUGGUUGCCCAGAAGAUUUUGACAUUUCCAGAUUUUUGAUCUUUUGGCUUUGGUAUUCAGUUCGGAUUGUUUUUGCUAAACUAGCUUUGACCCUCAAAGACAUUCAUAUAUAUAUAUAUAUAUAUGCAUUUCCUAUGCUUGUUUUCUUUUCAUGUAAAAUCUUUAUGAAAAUCAAGGGUAAAAGGAAACAUUGUUGACCAUCCAGUACGCAAAAUGUUGCUUGAUAAUGGUUUUUAAUGAAUGAAUUUGCUGUGAAAAGAUAUCUUGGAUGAGUGGUACUGUAAUUGUUAAACAAGACAUCAGGGAGUUUGAGCAUUGAUUCUGUUGGGGAACUUGUGGCCCACGGAAUUUUGACAGUUGUCUUGCUGUUUACAGUUUUUAUAGGGUAUUCAAACAUUGAUUAAGAUGAUCCUUAAGGGCUUUUAUGUGGCAAAAAUUGUUUUAGUUUUAUCAUUAAAGUCAUCUCAUGUUAUGGCCCCGUUGCAUUCCCUAUACAACUCCAUUUUAUGUUUACUGUUUCAUAGUCAACUACACAGCAUUGUUGUCUUUGCACACUAGUGUGUUCAUCUGAUAUGAAGGCUUUUCUUGAAUUUCCUAAAGAGAGUAAAAGGGACAUAAAAGAGGAAUACUGGAGUAGUGAGUAGUUCCUCUAGCCUUUUCAUCUCGUUUUACUUUUUUCUGUAUUUAUUUGCAAAAGAGUAAGAACCUUUGUAUGUGUUUCAUUUCAUCCUCUGUGAAUUUUUUGAAGUCUACUUAAAGGGGAGGUGAAAGUGUUCAUGCUUUCUUGCAAUUUUGCUACUACCGUGUUUUGGUUUUUGUCCUGUGUUGUAUAUUAAACAACUGCUUUUUUACUUUAAGGACCUGAAUGGAAUCAUUUACAGAUCACCGUUACUAGGGUUACAGAGAACAAGUAAACUCUUGGUAGUAUGCACUAAACAGUGAUGCUCAGAUUUUUUAAAAGAGUUCUUUAAAGACAAAUCGGAUGGUUGAAAUAAUGGUAGGAUUUUCAUCAGGACUUGAAAUUUCAGCUGAGAGAAAAUGUAAGUCUGAAAACAAAGGAUUGAUUCAAGCCAGCUGGCUAUCACCAUAUCUCUGUAGGGGGAGCUUCCCUAUGGCCUGCCUCAAGUCUGGACACUGAGUUUGCACUCCUCCAUGGCCCAGCUGUCAGCAUUGGGCAGGUAUGCAAUCUCAGCAGGAGAACCUACUUCUGAGGCUAGACCAAGGUGGCCUAUUAGCUGCCAGCCAGCCUGGGAGUAAGACCUUGGCCAGUUCUUGGGUGUGUAAUCUGUACCCAGCUUGGGCUGCACUCUUCCACUGUCACUUAAUAGGAUGGUUCUUGUCUAGAACAUGCCCCUGGUUUUGGAAAUGGGCCUAGAAACAGAAAUAGCCUUUUCCUCCGGGUGGGCAUCUGACAUGUUACAUGGAGGAGAGGGGCACAGACAGGCAGGCUGUCCUAUUUAAGGACAGCCCAGGAUCUGUGCUAAGCAUUGUCUCUGCUCAAUAUUGUUGCUACAGCAAAUGGGACUGUGAUGUCUGGAAGCUCUUCUUGCACUUUUUUUUUUUUUUUGCAAUUACCAGUAACAAUCGGGAUUCUGAAGCUUUUGCUUGUAGUGACUGAAGGAACAUAAUUAUUCUGUUGAAGGAAUUUUUUUUCUGGAAAACUUCACUUUAGUAAACAUUACACUCAAAUUCUUAAUGUUUUCUUUUUACUUUUUCUAAUGUGGCAGGAACACUGUUUCUAUUAACAAAGAUCAUCAACUACCAAUUACAUUAAGCCUUUAUGAUAGGUAAUAAUAGUUCAGUCUUUGAUUGUGCCUGGACUUAAUGAUGAGUACAAAAUUCUCCAUGUAAAACUUGCUGGAUUCCUAAGUCUGAUUGUUGUCUUUUGGGAUUCAAAAUAACCAUUAGGAAGUUCUAUCAGUUUGGAGGGUGGUUUUAGAGUUCUGUGUUAAAAAUUGGUUUUUAAAUUUUUUAAAAAGAUCAUCUUUGGACAAAAUACAGUAAUACGACAAGAGUUACACUUGGAUAAUCUGGUUGCCAGCUGACUUGGUUAUUUCUGUGUGUUUUGUCAUUGAGUCUGCUUUAAAAAUAAGAAAGAUAUAAAAUGACAAAGUACUUUUUAUGACUAAAUAACAUUCCAUAUUUUGUAGUCAACAUAAAAAAUAUGAAGAUAGGUCUUGAUAAUUUGCAGAUUGAGGAAGUUUAAGAGGUGAUAGAUUCAGAACAGUAAGUGUCAUUACUCCUAAUUUUCUUACAGAAGCUAACACGGGAGAAGGGACAAUACAGCAGGUGGACUACUGCUUUAUUUUUUUAUGAGUUUGGGGUAAAUUGUGCUGCUGUGGAAGGAACUCUGGACUGAGUGUCAGGACCCAGGAUUCGACUUGACUUUGCCAUUAUCCACCUGAUACUUUGACCAUUCUGACCCUCAGUUUCCUUAUCUGUAAAAUGGAGAAAUGUUGUAAAAAUCUAGAUUCUAAACUCUUGCGGCUUAACAUUCCUUAGAUAUUUGCUUGGAAAUGAGAGGCAGAGUGGGGUGCUUCUCAGUAGGCCCCUGUUUUUGGGAAAUAAAUUUUAAUUUCUUGUUCAUCUUAAAUAGUUUAGUGGAUUUAUUAGGAACUGCUUAAGCAGAGUUCUUUAGGGACCCUCCAGCAUUUGCUUUAACGGAACACAGGCUCACUGAACACAGGCCUGCUGCAUCCUGCUGUGGGUGCCUCAGUUGUGACUCUAGCACCCAGAGCAGUGCCUGGCUCAGAAUAGAAGAGCAACAAGUACCUGUUGACUGAAUAAACAGGUAUUUCUGGAGCUUUUGUAAUGUGUCUUGUGUGGAAUACAAUGGACGGAAAGGCCCACUCCCUGCCCUCAAGGAGUUUCUAAUCUAUUUGUGAAGACAAGCUGUAAAUGCACCUACAUUUAAAUCAUUUUCCAAGACAUAUGUUAUAAGGCCAUAUAUGAUUACUUGCCAGAUGAAUGAUUCAGAUAAUAAUUGCCUAAGAGUUCAGACUGGGAGGGAAUGGAAGGGGGCUGCCAGGGAAGAUUUCACAGAUGAAUUUUUAGGCUCUGUUCUUGGAAGAACAGAGGUACUUACUGUUGGCAAAAAUAGCAAAUCCUAAGGGAAGCCUGGCUUUAAAGGAGGAACGAAGACUUUGUGUUGAUUUUAGACCUCCUAGUUAAGGGACGGCUUUCCGAACACCUCAGUUUCAAGCAUGGAGUUUGGAUGUCAGCUGUAACAUCUAGUUUGAGAAGUUUCUGUUUCUGCCAUGACCUAAUGCUUCUGAUGGGAUCCUGACCGCAAGUGAAUUUUAUGUGUCAGACAAGAAACAAACAAAACAACUCCUUUGGUCACCUGAGCUUAUUCAAAUUCAAGGGCUGUGUGUUAUUUAAGAUUUCUUUAUGUCUGUUUUGAGCUAAAUAAUUCAUUCUGGCAAGCGUUUAGUUUACAACAGAGAGGGAGCAUGUUCUGGUGGGAGGGAGAAUAAAAGAGCCUUUGAUUCCUUUGCUCCUGAGUUCCAGCAGGAGGGCCAGCGCUGCCUUGGGCUAGUGUCUUAUUUUGGACUUUGGAAGCCAUCUUAGCCCAGCUGUGUGAGUGCCAGCUAGUGUUGGAGGAAAGAGAAGAACACCACUGGGUCUCAUUAAACCCCCUCUGACUGUUGAUGGAAGAGGUUCUCUCAUUUCACAUUCCUCAAAUUAACAUGGUGGCUAAUUUCCACCAACUUAGAGCUUCAUCAGAAUUUGCCAUUUGAACUUUGGCUUGAAAGUCACAACGUUUCUGUGUGACUUCUUUUAUCUCUGUGUGUGGAUUUGAGUACAGGAAACUUAUCAAGUCACAGGUCUUUUUUUUCCUCCCCUCUUUGGCUACAAGCACAAAUGAAAUUAGCAUUCUUUUCUUCUUUAGAUUACUCCUGGGGAAAAGUGGUUCUUUGUACCGUGGAUUUCCACAUCCAUUAAAUAAGUAGCCUCUUCAGUUGCCAACUAGAUGGCUGGAGUCUUACUGAAUAGUAGGUGGCAGUUCAGGCCUGUGGAAUUACUGGGAAAAGUCACUUUAGGAACUGGGCGUUUUUGACCAUUCCAGGCUUGUACGCGUGAGCACCUUAACACAAGAAUAACUGGACUGGAAAAGAGAGUCUUUUAUAUUUUAAGCAGUUCUUUUAUUCAUAUGUGCAAAAUUCUCCUUAACUACGGGAAGAAUUCUCACUGUUAAAUGCAUAUGAAGUAGAACCCAGCAGCUUUUGACUGUGUGAUAGCCUGCUUUGUAAAAAAUACUUAACACGGUGCACCGAAAUACAUGUUUGGUUGUUAUCUCUGUUACAUUAGCUCUUGAAGCAUUCUGAUUACAACUUGUAGCUGCCAAGCCCUGUCCUGCAGUAUUUAUCUGGAACAAAAAUUUUCCAUGUGGUUGUUUUUAGCAGAGCUGCUAUAUGCAAACUGCACAUGAAGAAGUAAGUUGCAAAGAAAUAGAGCUUCCAGAAGAGGAAAUGCAUGGAAGAGGAGAUGGUUUGUGUUACGCAGUGGUCGCUUAACUGGAGAUCCAGAUGUCCUGGAGUAUUACAAAAAUGAUCAUGCCAAGAAGCCUAUCCGUAUUAUUGAUUUAAAUUUAUGUCAGCAAGUUGAUGCUGGAUUGACAUUUAACAAAAAAGAGUUUGAAAACAGCUACAUUUUUGAUAUCAACACCAUUGACCGAAUUUUCUACUUGGUAGCAGACAGUGAGGAAGAGAUGAAUAAGUGGGUUCGUUGCAUUUGUGACAUCUGUGGGUUUAAUCCUACGGAGGAAGAUCUUGUGAAGCCCCCUGGCAACUCUGCCCAGGCGCCAGCCGAUUUACCUUUGGCGGUCAACACGGCACCGCCGUCCACCCAGGUAGAUUCAUCCUCCGCUGCUCCACCUCCUCCCUAUCAGCUAAUUAAUCUUCCACCACACCUGGAAACUGUUGGCAUCCAGGAGGAUCCUCAAGACUACCUCUUGCUAAUCAACUGUCAAAGCAAGAAGCCUGAACCCACCAGCCAAGGGUCAUCUUUUGUUUCUGAAGAAGGAGAGGAAUACCUACUACUAGAAGAUUUUGAAAGCAAAACGAUUCCGUUGCAAACACAUGCUGAUUCUGCAAAAUCCACCUCUUCUGAAACAGACUGCAAUGAUAACGUCCCUUCUCAUAAAAAUCCUGCUUCCUCCCAGAGCAAACAUGGAGUGAAUGGCUUUUUUCAGCAGCAAAUGAUGUAUGACUCUCCACCGUCUCGUGCUGCAUCUGUUUCUGUAGACUCCAGCCUUUAUAACCUGCCCAGAAGUUACUCCCACGAUGUUUUACCAAAGGUGUCUCCAUCAAGUACCGAGGCAGAUGGAGAACUCUAUGUUUUUAAUACCCCAUCUGGGACAUCAAGUGUAGAGACUCAAAUGAGGCAUGUAUCUAUUAGUUAUGACAUUCCUCCAACACCUGGUAAUACUUAUCAGAUUCCACGAACAUUUCCAGAAGGAACUUUGGGACAGACGUCAAAGCUAGACACUAUUCCAGAUAUUCCUCCACCUCGGCCACCGAAACCACAUCCGGCUCAUGACCGAUCGCCUGUGGAAACGUGUAGUAUCACACGCACGGCCUCAGAUACUGACAGUAGUUACUGUAUCCCUACAGCAGGGAUGCCACCAUCACGUAGUAAUACCAUUUCCACUGUGGAUUUGAACAAAUUGCGAAAAGAUGCUAGUUCUCAAGACUGCUAUGAUAUUCCACGAACAUUUCCAAGUGACAGAUCUAGUUCACUUGAAGGCUUCCAUAACCACUUUAAAAUCAAAAAUAUAUUGACAGUGGGAAGUGUAUCAAGUGAAGAACUGGAUGAAAAUUAUGUCCCAAUGAAUCCCAAUUCUCCUCCACGACAACAUUCCAGCAGUUUUACGGAACCAAUUCAGGAAGCAAAUUAUGUGCCAAUGACUCCGGGAACAUUUGAUUUUUCUUCGUUUGGAAUGCAAGUUCCUCCUCCAGCUCAUAUGGGCUUCCGGUCCAGCCCAAAGACCCCUCCCCGCAGGCCAGUUCCUGUUGCAGACUGUGAACCACCCCCCGUGGAUAGGAACCUCAAGCCCGACAGAAAAGGUCAAAGUCCUAAAAUUUUAAGACCCAAACCCCCUGGUUUAGAGCGAACUGAUUCACAAACCAUAGGUGACUUUGCUACAAGAAGAAAGGCCAAGCCAGCACCUUUAGAAAUAAAACCUUUGCCAGAAUGGGAAGAAUUGCAAGCCCCAGUUAGAUCUCCCAUCACUAGGAGUUUUGCUCGAGAUUCCUCUAGAUUUCCCUUGUCUCCCCGACCGGAUUCAGUGCAUAGCACAACUUCAAGCAGUGACUCACACGACAGUGAAGAGAAUUAUGUUCCCAUGAACCCAAACCUAUCCAGCGAAGACUCAAAUCUUUUUGGCAGUAACAGCCUUGAUGGGAGAAGCAGUCCUAUGGUCAAGCCCAAAGGAGACAAACAAGUAGAAUACCUAGAUCUGGAUUUAGAUUCUGGGAAAUCCACACCACCACGUAAGCAAAAGAGCAGUGGCUCAGGCAGCAGUGUAGCUGAUGAGAGAGUAGAUUAUGUUGUGGUUGACCAACAGAAGACUCUGGCUCUAAAGAGCACUCGGGAAGCCUGGACAGAUGGGAGACAGUCCACAGAAUCUGAAACACCAGCCAAGAAUGUGAAAUGAAAAUAUUGCUUCGCUGUUUCUGAAUAACGAGAACUGAAUUGUAAACAUAAAUCCUGUUUGAGAUGACCUGACACUUCUAUUCUAGGUAGAUCCUCAACUGAGUAGAAUUGAAGUCAGAGGACUUUUCACGCAUAAUCAAGCAAUUUAGACUGUAAAUGGUGCUUUGUGGUAUCUCAACAAUCCAUAACAUGUAAAUAAUGUGGGAAAAUACUAUUGUUUAGCUCCCAGAGAAACAUUUGUUCCAUAGUUAACACACUUGUAGUAUUACUGUAUUUAUGCACUUUUUCAUUUAAAACGUUGGUUUGGGUAUUCCCAAAUGUUCCUUAACAUAAUUCCUUUGGGAGUUCUUGUUUUUCCUCACACUACUCUAUAUAACAAUACUAAGUUAACUAAGCUACUUUUAGAUUUGGAAAUUGCUCUUUAAACUGCACUCUAACAACAUUAAAAUGAGAAGUAGAUUUACAAUUUACCUGUCUACCUGAAACAUCAGGUGAUAGCCAUUAGCCUAAACUACACAGUAUAGACGGGCUCGUCAUUCACUGCGUUCCAAAGUGCUGAGGAUAAUAUAUGUACUGGUGUCAGGAACUAAUUCUCUGGUUCAUGUACAUUUAGUUUUCAAUGGUGGAACUUUAUUAUAUUUUGUUAAUUACAGUGUUUUUGGUUCAUUGAGUGAAGAUUCUGCCAGGUGGGAUCUUGCACCUUGGGAAGACUGAAUAAUUACACUAUCAAGUAAGCCUACAGAUCACUUACCGGCAUGCAGUGAUGAUGUGCUCUCACACUUGUUAACAUGUAUUAAACUUUACAUUAUUUGCAAAGAUAGAUUAUAUAACCAGGUACGUACCAGGCACUGAUGUGCUAAUACACUGAUCAGGUUUAGACAAUGAGCUUUAGUUGUGUUCUUGUUAGUCCUAAUAUUGGUUUCCAAUUUGGACUUAAGGAAACAUUCACUGUUAGUUAUAGCAACAUACUGUGAUUUUUUUUUUAAUUAGACAGUAAUUCAGAUUUAUUACUCUAAGAAUGAAAUUCUAUCUUUUGACACCAUAGUGCCCUUUCUAUGAUUUUUUUAACUUUACUUAAUAUUCUUCUUGGCCUUAUAUUUAAAUCCCUAUGCAAUUAAUAUUUUAUAUCUACAUUUUUUUUUAAAAAAAUAGAUGUUCUAUAAGUGAUUCUUGUAUGUAGCACCAGUUGCUUUUCCAGUAAAAGAAUUAAGGAUUUUGUACUGUGAUUUAUAUUCACUGCCCUAAUUUGAGAAAUUUUGGAGUAUUGUUAUAAUGUGAAAUCUUAGAGUCAUGAACCUCUUCCAACCAGAUGUCUGAAAUCACCAGAGGAAUUAUAUAAUUCUGUCUCACCUGUAAUAUGGUCCUGUGAUACGGAUAUCAAAACCAUAAAUUAUAUAUAGUGAGACUACAGUUGUAUUUAUCUGUUUUGGCUUUGCAGUGUAAUUUAGAAAGCAGGUAUAAUUUGUUUGUUUGCUUGUUUUUUUAACUAAGUUACAAACAAUCUCUUGUGUAUUGAUUUGGGACUUACUAACAGUUUUUGGAGGAGGCAGAGAUAAGAGUACCCACAGCUGAGGCAUGACUCCCUCCAUUCAGACCUCUAACUGUUGCCUGAACACACAGAUGUGCCCUGAUUUCUGGUCUUUUGGCCAUAGUACUGUGCCUAAUCAAUGUAAUGGGUUUAUUUCCCCAAUCCACGAACUAAAAUUGUUCAUAACAAGAUGAAUUGUAGACUAGUAACAUUUGAUGCUUUUAAAUGUUUGCUUCUUUUUAAACAAAAACUAAAACUCAGAAGUGAAUUUUCAGACGGAUUUUUAAAUAAAAAAGAUUGUUUGAA